AUGAAUUUCGCAUUUGAGCGAGAGAUCGGUUUUAUCAAUAGCCAGCCAUCGCUUGCUGAGUGCCUGACAUCUUUUCCCCCUGUCGGUGAUACAUUUCAAAGUUCAUCAAUCAAGAACUCGACGCUUUCACACUCGACACUGAUUCCUCCUCCUUUCGAGCAGACCAUCCCCAGCCUGAACCCCGGCAGCCACCCUCGCCACAGCGGCGGCGGUCGCCCCAAGGCGAGCCCCCGCGGCCGCAGCGGCAGUCCGGGCCCCGCCGGCGCCCCGCCGCCCCCGGAGUACCCCUGGAUGAAAGAGAAAAAGGCGUCCAAGCGAUCCGCGCUGCCGCCCGCUUCGGCCUCCGCCUCAGCCGCUGGACCUGCCUGCCUCAGCCACAAAGACCCCCUUGAAAUCCCCGAUAGCGGUAGCGGUGGAUCUAGGCGCCUGAGGACAGCUUACACCAACACCCAGCUUUUGGAGCUAGAGAAAGAAUUUCAUUUCAACAAGUAUCUCUGUAGACCAAGGAGGGUUGAGAUUGCAGCCUUGCUGGAUCUGACUGAGAGACAAGUCAAAGUCUGGUUCCAGAAUAGGAGGAUGAAGCACAAGAGACAGACCCAGUGCAAGGAGAAUCAAAACAGCGAGGGGAAAUUUAAGAACCUAGAGGACCCCGAAAAAGCAGUGGACGAGGAAGAAGAGGAGGAGGAGGAGAAAUCCCUCUUCGAGCAAGCCCUCAGCAACGUCUCCGGCGCUCUCCUGGAGCGGGAAGGCUACGCUUUCCAGCAGAAUGCCCUCUCCCAGCAGCAGGCGCAGAAUGCGCACAAUGGCGAAUCCCAAACUUUCCCCGUUUCGCCUUUAACGAGCAAUGAGAAAAAUCUGAAACAUUUUCAGCAUCAGUCACCCACUGUUCAAAACUGCCUCUCAACAAUGGCCCAGAACUGUGCAGCUGGCCUGAACAAUGACAGUCCUGAGGCCCUAGAUGUUCCUUCUUUACAGGACUUUAACGUUUUUUCCACAGAUUCCUGCCUACAGCUUUCAGAUGCAGUUUCCCCCAGUUUGCCAGGAUCUCUGGACAGUCCUGUAGAUAUCUCUGCUGACAGUUUUGACUUUUUUACAGACACACUCACCACAAUUGACUUGCAGCAUCUGAAUUACUAAGAAAUUAAAGAAGUCCUCUCCAAGGGUCCUGCUUUCUCCUCCUUAUUUUUUCUAAAUUUUUUCCCCAGUGAAUUAAUUUUAUGUUUCCCUUCCCUUUCCCUCUUCACUAUUUUCUGUUUGUUCCUUCCCUCUGAUAUGCCAUUUUGCCGUUCCUUAUGAAGUUUUAGUUGUGUUCAGUUUUAACCUAGCCACAUUCUAGGUCCUUCUAUGAAAGCAAUAUAUGAGGUCUGUGAGAAAGUGAUCAUAUAGGAAUGUAUCUUCACUUUCUUUUUAUUUUUGUAUUACACUAGGAUGCGUUGUCAUAAAUAUUUUUGGUAGAAUAAAUUCUUGUUUGCUACAAGGAACUUUCUCUUUUUUCUUUCUCUUUCUCCUCUCUUUUUCUCUGCUUUCAAGAUGGAUAACAUGACGGGUAUCUCUCCCCAUC